CUGUCGAAAGGGGUAUUUUAGCAUAAAUGCAAUGCUAACCUGUGAUGAUUUAAUGAACAUAAAAUACAUCAAUGCCAAGCACCCCGGCGCUACACACGACUCCAUGGUUUUUCAAAUGUCGGGAUUAAAAAGACUAUUGGAGUCAAUGUAUAACCGUGGUGAAUCUAACACCUGGUUAUUAGGUGACGCUGGAUAUGCCUUAGCGCCUUAUUUGCUAACACCUUACAGGAAUCCUGAAGAAGGUUCAGUAUAAAGUUUAUAUAACUCGCGGCACUCUAAAGCAAGGAAUAUUAUUGAAACGACGAUUGGGGUUUUAAAGAGUCGGUUUCGGUGUUUGCUAAGCGCUCGCGAACUUCACUACACUCCUGCAAAAGCCACUUUGAUCAUAAAUGUUUGUGCAGCUUUACAUAAUAUUUGCAAUCAUUACAAUGUACCAUACGACGAAGAGGAUAUUGCAGAUGUGCAAAAUGAGAAUUCGGAAAUUGCAAUAGAAACUUCUGAAAAUGACUCUACUCCUAUGCGACAAGCUGCAGAAGAAAUCAGAAGAAAUGUACUGUCUUGUUUGCAUUGAUUUUUACUAUAUUUCUUUAGGUUUUUAUCAAAAAAUAAUAAAGCUUCUUGCUUCAGGUACAAACUCAAAUCCAUUGUUUUUUAAUAUAAAAUAAGAUCACAUUCGUAGCUUAAAAGUAAAUGUAUCUACUUAAAGAAUUCAGUCCACUAUAUUUUCUAAACUUACUUAAACAAACUAAAAUUCACUUUUUUUCA